GAGUGUAAAUUGGGAAACUGGACUGUUAAGUGUCAAAAAAAAUUUGCUAAAAUGGAAGAAGCUUUCGCUCACCUUGAAGGUACGGAGACCAAGCACACCAAGAAGGAACUUCUGCCUCCUGACGGGGGCUGGGGCUAUCUUGUUUGCAUUGGUGUAGGAUUUACUUUUAUGCUGGGAUUUGGUUCGUCAAAUGCUUUCGGCAUUUUGUUCAACGAUUUCUUUAUCGAACAAGAUGGCGCCAGCGGCCUUCCUUUGGUGAUAGGAGUUUACAAUGGAGCUCUCUCUAUAUCGGGUUUCCUGAGUGGCAUUGCGUUAAAAAAAUAUUCCUUUCGACAAGUUGGUCUUCUCGGCGCUGGGUUGUUCAUAUUGGGCGAUGUUCUUACCAUAUUUGUUACCAGAACUUAUCAAUUGGUCUUCACUUUUGGCGUAAUAAGAGGAGCAGGAUUCGGUGUGAUGAUUCCAGUAAGUUUUACUGCUUUCAACUGCUACUUCACCAAAAAGAGGACAGCAAUGAUGAGCGCCAAUCAAACAAUGAGCAGUCUCGCUUCCAUUACAUUUCCAAUUCUAGUCACGUUCCUCCUCGAUGAGUACGGGUUCAGAUGGACUCUCGCUCUCAUCAUGGCUGUAGAUCUUCAUCUGUUAUUCGCUAUGUUAGUCAUGCAUCCAGUCGAAUGGCACAUGAUCAAAGCGAUGGAUGACCAAAAAACAGACCCAUUACAUUGUGAUGUCCUCGACUGUAAAAAUGUUAAAGUAGAAAACUAUGAUGAAACAAUCGUCAAAAUGUUGCCAGGUGACGAUGGUGUUGUUGAAAUAAAAGCUACGACGCCAUCUAGACACAAAUCCAUUCAAAAGAGUAUCAUAAAAAUUGUUUACGAUAACGUGGAAUUAGAUUUACUAAGAGAUCCGAGAUUCGUGAGUACGCUUGUCGGUCUGGGAUUUGCUUUCGUUUCCGACGUUACCUAUCUAGCAAUGGAGCCUAUGCUUUUAUUUUCCUACGGAUAUACCAAGAUGCAAGUUGCUACGUGUGUUAUGGUGGGUGCGAUAGCUGAUCUUUUUGCAAGAUUUUCAUUGGCAAUAUUUACAUAUUUCUACACAGUCGACAGCCGUAAAAUUUUCUUCUGCGGGACAUCCCUUACAAUAUUUUUACGAAUAGCGUUGGUGUGUUCAAGUGAGAUAUGGUACGUAUUCACCAUAACUGUGAUAUCGGGGCUGAUCAGGUGCUCCGUGCAAGUGUUGUUCCCGCUGGUGCUGGUGACCGCAGCGCCGGACAGGUUCCCCGCCGCGUUGGCGCUGCAUAUCAUAUUCUCCGGUUUCCUGAUGCUCAUUGCGGAUCCACUAAUUGGUUUGAUCUUCGAAGCUACGGGCACCUACCUCUACUGUUUCUUGGCUAUGAGUGUGUGUUGUUUAAUUUGCGUAGUGCUAUGGUCUAUAGAGUAUAUUGUUUAUCGUAAAAAAACUAGUUGA